AUGUGUUCUACCCUCCAGGACAUGGGUCUAUGUGUUCUACACUUUGGGCCAUGGGUUUAUGUGUUCUACCCUUCGGGUCAUGGGUCUAUGUGUUUUACCCUUCGGGCAAUGAGUCUACAUAUUCUACCCUUUGGGCCAUGCGUCUAUGUGUUCUACCCUUCGGGCCAUGGGUCUAUGUAUUCUACCCUUCGGGUCAUGGGUCUAUGUGUUCUACCCUUCGGGUCAUGGGUCUAUGUGUUCUACCCUUCGGGCCAUGGGUCUAUGUAUUCUACCCUUUGGGUCAUGGGUCUAUGUGUUCUACCCUUCAUGCCAUGGGUCUAUGUAUUCUACCCUUUGGGCCAUGGGUCGAUGUGUUCUACCCUCUAG